GUCACAAUAGACGUUGUAAUUUCUCUGCGGUCCUAUAGGUGUCACUGUCCGCGAUUCCUCGCUGCUUACACAGCGGGAGGUGGAGCCUCUACCCCUGGGGAGGCAAACUCUUUGGUGACGUUUGCUGCAUCAUUCAGCGCCUGCGCAGUGUAUCGAGGAGGCAAAGGCAGAUUGGAGGGCUAAAGCUGUGACUUAUGAGCUGGGGCCCGCAGUCCUCUGAGCUCCAGAGCGCCCCCAUUCCCCUACAGACGAGUCACGGUCCUGGAGAACUUGUGUGAGCAGAAGAGGCCGCAGCCCGACGCUCGCGUACUUUGUGUCCCAGGUGUCAGGCCUCCUGCCCGGCUGCCCUGUCGGAUCUCUUCCCCACCCGGUCUCUCAGGGAUAUUUAGAUGAGGCAGUAGUGAAGUGCACAUCCCAUCUGCAGUCUCUAGAAGCCUUUCCUGGACUGGUAGAGGACAAUUCGGAGGAGCCUGACAUGCCGUUUGCCUCCUGAGGAGUGGGGGGGGGGGGGAGAAUGGGCACUCAAGGCAGCCCUGUGAAGAGCUACGACUACCUCCUGAAAUUCCUGCUGGUGGGAGAUAGCGAUGUCGGAAAGGGAGAGAUCUUGGAGAGUUUGCAGGACGGAGCGUCGGAGUCCCCUUACUCCUAUAGUAACGGUAUUGACUACAAAACUACAACUAUUCUCCUAGAUGGCCGACGGGUGAAGCUUGAGCUGUGGGACACUUCUGGCCAGGGAAGGUUUUGCACCAUCUUUCGUUCUUACUCCAGAGGAGCUCAGGGUAUCCUCUUGGUCUACGAUAUCACCAAUCGAUGGUCCUUCGAUGGAAUAGACAGAUGGAUCAAAGAGAUUGAUGAGCACGCACCAGGUGUCCCCCGUAUAUUGGUGGGGAAUAGACUCCACUUGGCCUUUAAAAGGCAAGUGCCCACUGAGCAGGCCCGGGCCUAUGCUGAGAAGAACGGAAUGACGUUUUUUGAGGUCAGCCCGUUAUGUAACUUCAACGUGACCGAGUCCUUCACUGAACUGUCCCGGAUAGUGCUGAUGAGGCAUGGCAUGGAGAAGAUCUGGAGACCAAACAGGGUAUUCAGCCUGCAGGAUCUGUGUUGCCGGGCGAUUGUUUCCUGCACCCCUGUACAUCUCAUUGAUAAGCUUCCCCUUCCAGUGGCCAUCAAGAGCCACCUGAAAUCCUUUUCGAUGGCCAAUGGGAUGAAUGCCGUGAUGAUGCAUGGACGAUCCUACUCGGUCGCUGGCGGCAGCGGCGGAGCGGCUGGCGGCGGCGGGGGAAGCAAAGGCAACAGCCUCAAACGAUCAAAGUCCAUUCGGCCUCCGCAGAGUCCUCCACAGAACUGCUCAAGAAGCAACUGUAAGAUUUCCUAGCCGUAGGGGGUCCGGAGAACAUCAGGCUGCUAAAGGCAAUAAACCCUACAAUGUCAGUGGCGAUACGGCCGGGGGAGCCUGCAGUUGGCAUCAGCAUGGACUUCGGUGCCCUGUAUGAGAGCGGCUGGAGGAGAUGACCUGGAAGUGGUCAUUCAUCUGCCGCCCACUCGCCACCCAACCAAUCCUACAAAAGACAAAACACUGCAUGAUGGACGUGCCUCACCCCCCCCCCCCCCGCAUCCCCGAGAGCAGCAGAGCGUGCACUGUGCUAAAGGAACCCCCCCCCUUUAUUUAUAAGUAUAUAACUGACACCUCCCUUUUUUUUUAUAAAUGUAAUGCCUGACUAUGACUCUUCCGUAUCAUGCUGUAAAUAAUCUUUUUACACCCAAUCUUUCCACACCAGGGACAGACGUGUGGAGCAUUUGUCAUAAACCUUUUUACUAACCGCGGUAACCAACCAUUUAACCAAGUCAUUCAAAGCUUAUAGACUCAACGUAAACAGGGGUGUGCAUAGUAAUAGCGAGCGUCAUGUCGCCUGCAGUGAUGGCUUCCUUUUUGUAUGCACAAUGGCAGCCGGGGCCCUAUUGUAGCUGUCUCUGGGACCUAAAGGAAAAAAAAAAAAAAACAA